GUGAUUCAUAUCCUACUUCUCCUACGACGAACUUCUCUCUCUCUCUCUCUGCUUCUCUAAAUUUUAACACUUUCUUCCGAAUUUGCCCCUCAAGUUUUAUUUUAAUUGCUUAAAUGGCCGGAACCCUAGUUUACUCCGCCGGGAGAUUUUCACCGGGAAAUUGUCUUCUUCCUCAACCGAAAACAGCCAGAUUCUACAGCGGAACCGCGAGAUUUCCCACAGGAGCUCCGUCGUUUAAGGCUUCAGCUCAGACGCUUAACGCCGAGCCAGCUGUAACGGAAUCCGUUCGUCGGAGAGUUUCUAGCCUCUACGAAUUACUGAAAGUGAAUGAAACGGCGUCGUUGACGGAGAUCAAGACGGCCUACCGGAGCUUAGCUAAAGUAUAUCAUCCAGAUGCGUCGGAAUCGGACGGUCGAGAUUUCAUGGAGAUUCACAAAGCUUACGCGACACUGGCGGAUCCGACUACAAGAGCGAUCUACGAUUCGACGCUUAGAGCACCACGGAGACGGGUACAUGCUGGAGCUAUGGGUCGGUCGGGUCGGGUUUACACGACGACCCGGAGAUGGGAGACGGAUCAGUGUUGGUAAAUCUAGAAAGCCUUUUUAGCGCUUCCGAUGAUUUUGCAGCAGCGAAAGGGCACUUUUU